UCGGCAGGCGGACUCUCAACCACUGCGCCACCAGGGAAGCCCCCCAUCUAUUCUUGAAUCACAUUCACUUUCAGACUCUCUGGCUGCAAGAAAAUCUUAUCUUUAAAGGUUUUGAAAUCUGCUUUCCUCAAGCCUAGGGAAACAUUUAUGGAGAAGAGUCAGUGUGCCGGGGACUGUGCAUGGGGCUGAGGAGAUGGUGAAGGUGAAUAAAAUACAACCUGUUGGUACUUCCCUGGUGGUCCAGUGGUUAAGACUGCACUUUCAGUGCAGGGGCCCAGGUUCCAUCCCUGGUAGGGGAACUAAGAUCCCACAUGCCGCAUUGCACAGUCAAAAAGAAAAUUUUUUUUUAAACCCUAAUGAAUAAAUACAGCUUGUUUAUGUGGGGGAGACAGACUGGUGAACAAGUGAUAGGGAAGCAGCCUGAAGGGGCCCCCAACUCAGCCUGGGGGAGCGGUCCGGGGAGCCUCCUAGAAAUGACCACCAAGCCAAGUCUUAGGGGAUUAACAGAAGUGGGGUGCAAGAUGGGAACAAGAGUGAAGAAGAGGGGAUCCUGUGGCAGGAACAGGACAGAGGGGAAUGUCACAGGGAGGGCAGAGCACUCGGGAAAUUGCCAGGGGGACUGAGGUGGGACCAGUGGCCAAGGGCCUGGUGAGCCAUGUUAAGAAAUUCACUUCUAUCCCGAGGCUGGUGCAAGAGCCAUUGGAGGGUUUGACGCCAAGGAGUCACGUAGCCUGAUACCUACUUUCGAUGGUCCAUUCUGAAGAAAUGCCCAGGAGGGGGCACUGGAAGGACACUGCUGAGUGGCUGGAUGCAGCUCACAUUGGAGGAGGAGAGCGAAGAGGGGCAGGCAGGCUGUGGGGAGACCAGGCCUUCCUGAUGGCAGCUUCCGGGAGGCCAAGACACCCCCCAGUACAGCUGCUGAGCUCAGAGCUGAUAAAGGCCUUGCUGAAUGAGCCAUCCUCCGUGAAGGCAGAUGAGGUGGUGCGGUAUGAGGCAGGCUACGUGGUGUGUGCCGUGAUCACCGGCCUCUACCUCCUGGUCGUACCCGCCGCUGGGCUCUGCUUUUGUUGCUGCCGCUGCCGCCGGCCCUGUGGUGGCCGAGUGAAGAUGGAGCACAAGACGAUGGCCUGCGAGCGAGGCACCCUCAUGGCCUUCCUGCUGCUGACCACCCUCGUACUGCUGAUCGGCGUGGUCACUGCCUUUGUCACCAACCAGCGCACGCAUGAGCAGAUGGGCCCCAGUGCCAAGGCCCUGCCGGAGACUCUGCUCAGCCUCCGGGGCCUGGUCUCCGAUGUCCCCCAGGAGCUGCAGGCCGUGGCACAGCAGUUUUCCCUUCCUCAGGAGCAAGUCUUGGAGGAACUGGAUGGUGUCCACGGGAGCAUUGGGAACACGAUCCACACACAGCUCCAGAGCACCGUGUAUGAGGUCCUGGCCUCUGUGCUCAGCCUGGGCCAGGCCCUGCAGGUCUCCGUGGACCACCUCCGAGCCCUGAACGCCACCUCCGUGGAACUUCAGGAGGGGCAGCAGGCCCUGGCGCCGGCUGUCCAGGGGCACCGGGAGCGCCUCCUGGCCCUGCUGCAGGAGCCCAGCUGCCAGGGCUGUGCAGAGGCCCUGGACAGAGCCCACGCCUUGGAGCUGGGAGCUGACUUCAACCAGGUGCCCUCUGUGGAUGAUGCCCUGCAUCGGCUGAAAGGUGUCCCAGAGGCCAACUUCUCCAGCAUGGUCCAGGAGGAGAACAGUACCUUCAACGCCCUCCCGGCUCUGGCUACCUUGCAGACGGCCGACGUGAUCAGAGAGCUGAAGAAGGUGGUGGCCCAGCAGCCUAGAGAGCUAAGGACACUGGUCGAAGCAUUCCCAGGCUGGGAGGCGGCUUCUCGCUGGAGCCGAGCACUGGAGGAGAUGGAACAGUGCAGCCGCCCCUACCUGAAGGAGGUGCAGAGAUAUGAGAAAUACAGGUGGAUGGUGGGCUGCCUGCUGUGCUCUGUGGUCCUGCUUGUGGUGGUCUGUAACCUGCUGGGCCUCAGCCUGGGCAUCUGGGGGCUCUGUAACAGGGAAGACCCCAGCCACUCGGAAGCCAAGGGCAAGGCUGGAGCCCGCUUCCUCAUGGUGGGUGUAGGCUUCAGCUUCCUCUUCGCCGCGCCCCUCAUCCUCCUUGUCUUCGCCACCUUCCUGCUGGGCGGCAACGUGCAGACCCUGGUGUGCCGGAGCUGGGAGAGCGGGGAGCUCUAUGAGUUUGCAGACACUCCGGGGAGCUUGCCGUCAUCCAUGAACUUGUCCCAACUUCUUGGCCUGAAGAAGAACCUCAGCGUCUUCCUGGCCUAUAAGCAGUGCAAGCAAGGGGCUGCACUCUGGACGGUCCUGCAGCUCAAUGACUCCUAUGACCUGGAGAAGCACCUGGAUAUCAGCCAGUACACUGCCAAGCUGCAGCAGGAGUUGCAGAAACUCAAAGUGGACGUGAAGAAUCUGGACCUGCUGAGCCCAGCCGCCCGCCAGGACCUGGAGGCCCUGCAGAGCAGUGGGCUCGAGAGCAUCCACUACCCAGGCUUCCUUGUUGAGAUUCAGAAGCCUGUGGUGAACAUCAGCGUGGAGAAGCUGGCCCAGGAGCUGGAGGGACUGGCCCAGACCCAAGGCAAUACUGUGCUGGGGCAGCAGCUGCAGAAGGAGGCCCAGGGGCUCAGAAAGCUCCAUCAGGAGAAGCUCCUCCUCCAGCAGAGGCUUGUGGCUAAGCUCAACCUCAGUGUCCAUGCCCUGGCAUCCUCUGCCCCACUUCUCCAGCCGGAGACCUCAGAUGUCCUGGACAGAGUCACUCACCUGAAAGGAGAGCUGCCUACCUGGGCCACCCGUAUCCUGAAGAAUGAAAGUGAGUGUUUCCUGACCCGGGAGAUGGGCUACUUCUCCCAGUACGUGGCCUGGGUGAGAGAGGAGGUGACUCAGCGCAUCACCACCUGCCAGCCCCUCUCCACAGCCCUGGACAAUGGCCGUGUGAUCCUGUGUGACAUGGUGGCUGACCCCUGGAACGCCUUCUGGUUCUGCCUGGGCUGGUGCGCCUUCUUCCUGAUCCCCAGUGUCAUCUUCGCUGUCAAGACCUCCAGAUACUUCCAUCCCAUCCGGAAACGCCUCAGUGCCAGCAGCUCUGAGGACACUCAGCCCUUCCACAUCCCCCGUGUCACCUCCCUGAAGCUCUAGGACCGC